AUGGAAAUGCAGCAGCUUGGAAUGCAACAGAGUACGUAUCAGCGCAUUGCUGUCAGGCCCGAUCCGAACGUUGUUGCUACUACAGGUUAG